AAGUAUUUUGUAGUUGUCACACAGGCCGGAAUUCCAACGAAACCGUACCGCUAGCACCAUUGCCACACAGCUGCAAGCGACCGAGCAGCAACGCACAACCAAGGAUCGGGCCACUCUUUCACACCUGAUCACGGCACCGCACAGCAUGGCAGGGGCGACACUCCUCCUGGAUCGACUGGAAGAGAACGAGGGAAGGGACCCGUCCAAGAAGGCCUUUUCCUUCCUCGCGUCCGGAAGCAAUGGCGGCCGCAUCGCGGCCUCGUGUUCGUACCGGGAACUCCAGGAACAAACGACGUCGCUGGCGAAGUACCUGCUCACGUGCACGGGCCUGCAGAGGGGGGAUCGGUGCGUCUUUUUCUCGUAACCUUACAAUGUACCAUCGACGAUUCGUUUCGUUCGUUUUGCCGCGUGCGGACCGGCGGUUCGGCACCCGCCUUGCUCGAUUGAUUCUGACGCUGCCUUGGUUUUUUCUCCUUUGUUCCCAAAACGCAUCGCGCAACGCAACACACAGAGCCCUGCUGGUCUACCCACCGUCCAUCGACUUCUCGAUCGCCUUUCUGGCGUGCCUCAAGGCCGGCGUCGUUGCGGUCCCCGUCUUUCCCCCCAAUCCGGCCCGCAGGGACACCCUGCACAUGUUUUCCAAGAUCACCGAGAGCAGCGGGGCGAGCUACGCCCUGACCAACCUCGAGUACAACCACCUCAAAAAACUGGCGGGGGCCCGGGACGCCAUCCACCGGCUCAAGCGGCCCCUCGGCGGCAAGUGGCCCGAAUCCCUCGAAUGGAUCACCACGGACACGAAAAAGACCAAAACGGCCACCACGACCACCAAGGGCGGCGGCCUCCCGCCGCCGCCGAAGGCGUCGGACCUGGCCUUUCUCCAGUACACCUCCGGGUCGACGAGCGAUCCCAAGGGCGUCAUGAUCACCCACGGAAACCUGGCGCACAACCUCACCAUCAUCACCAGGGAACUCAAAGCGGGAACCGACACGGUCGUCGUGUCGUGGCUCCCGCAGUACCACGACAUGGGGCUGAUCGGUUCCUACCUGGGCGUCCUCUACUGUGGCGGAUCGGGCUGCUACAUGUCGCCGCUCUCCUUCUUGCAGCGGCCGAUGCUGUGGAUCGAGGCGAUCUCGAGGCACGGGGGGACCCACCUGCAGGCUCCCAACUUUGCCUUUAAGCUGACGGCCCGCAAGUUCCGGGCGUCGGACUACGUCAACAAGCCCCUCGACCUCGGAUCGGUCCGCCACGUCAUCAACGCCGCGGAACCCGUCGACCGGGAGAGCAUGGACGUCUUCUACGAGGCCUUUCGGCCCUUUGGGCUGCCCGGGAACGUCAUCUUCCCCACCUACGGGCUGGCGGAGCACACCGUCUUUGUCUGCUCGGGCGGGAAGCAGCGCCUUUCCGUGCGCAAGCAGGCGCUGGAGGCCGAGGGGGUCGUGGAGGUGGUGAAACAGGGUGAAACCCCCGCAACGGAAGACGUCUCGCACCUGGUCGGCUGCGGGUAUCCCUCCCGGCAAAAGGUGGACGUCCGCAUCGUGGACCGCGAGGCCUGCUUGGAGCUGCCGGAGGGAAGGGUGGGCGAGAUCUGGGUGAGCUCCCCCAGCAAGGCGGCCGGGUACUUUCGAAACGAGGCCGCGACGGCCGAGGACUUUAGGGCGGCCCUGGCCGGCGGCGAAGGCGCCGCCGCCUACCUGCGCACGGGGGACCUCGGCUUUCUGUACAAGAAGGAGUUGUUCAUCUGCGGCCGCCUCAAGGACCUGAUCAUCGUGGCGGGGAGGAACUACUACCCCCAGGACAUCGAGGCGACGGCCGAGGCGGCCUCGGACCUGCUGCGGCCGGGCUGCUCGGCGGCCUUUUCGAUCGACGUGUCCAGCGGGGGCCGGGAGGAGGUCGCACUGGUGGCGGAGCUGAGGGAGGUCCCGGGCAGCAGCGCCGGGAUCCGGCAGCUCUGCGAUCCGCUGGCCGACCGGAUCAAGGCGGCCGUCAACCAGGAACACUCGCUCGGGCUGGCAAGGAUCGUCUUUCUCGAGACCAAGACCGUCCCCAAGACGUCGAGCGGAAAGAUUGCCCGGGCCUGGUGCCGGAAGGGCUUUCUGGCGGGCACCCUCAAGGCCGUGUACCAAAAGUCCUUUUCGAAGGCCGGGGCCUCGUCGGCCUUGGAGAUCGAGUCGGCCCCCGGGGGGGGGCCUUCCGCCGUCCCGGCGCCGGCUGCCCCCCUGACAAAGGAAGCGAUACGAGAGCUGAGGGCGAUGGGCAAGAAGGAGCUCAUGGACAAGCUGCGAACGGACGUUGCCAGGACGGGGCAGAUCCCACCCGAUUGCAUCGACAACGACACGGCCCUCAUCACCAUCCUCGACAGCCUCAGCAUAUCCCAGUUCAAGGGCCGGCUGGAAUCUGCCUACGCGGUGCAGAUCUCCGACGAGUACCUCUUUCGCGAGAGCGUCACGCUCCAGAAGCUGGCCGAGGUCGUCCGGCUCGGGUACGCACCGGACGACAACAACGAUGGUGGAGACGCCGCAGCGGCCGCUCCCCCGUCCGCCCCGGGUGGAACCGCGGAUGGGAUCGCGGGGGCACUCGGUUGCCCCCCCGGGGUGAGGGUGUGCUGCGUGAUCCAAUAGCAGCACCGAACGGGAACUCUCUUUCCGUUUGCCGAAAAGAAUCACUCGCUGGCCAGUGUCGAGAUUGUCACAGAUCUUCGGCAGGUCGACCGCAACGCACAAACCUGAUGGUGCUGGCAUCUAUGGGUGAAAUCUUUCAUCCUACUAAUCCACUGUCUGGAAUCAACCGUAUUUCUCGCAACAAACUGUAACGUGAACA